AUGAAUACAAAUAACAACAAUACAGGUGAAUUUAGUGAAGAAAAAACUUUUAUUUUUGAAUAUGACCAUAAUAACUUUCUUGAAAUAUAUCAAAUAGCAGAAAAUAAUUAUAUCGAUUAUGAGGUGAAUGAAGAAUAUGAUAUAGAAAUAGCACAUAUAAUAAAUAAAAUAAAAAAAAUAGCCUCUAUAGCUUCUAGUAAUAAAUUAGAAAAUGAAGAUUAUAUGAUACCACAAGAAACACAAGGGAAACUUAUAGCUUGUUAUAUUAUGAAUUAUAAAAAUGAAAGUUUUCAAAA